AUGGAUACACCUCCAUCCUCCGCCCUCUCCCCCUCUUAUUUACUACUCAUCUCACAUCUCUGCUUUCUCCUUUUGCGGCACGGCGGCGCCGAUCCGCUCUAUCAAAUAUGCGGCAACACCGGCAACUACACCGCCAACAGCACCUACGAGUCCAACCUCAGCCAGCUCCUGCACACUCUCUCCUCAGUAGCCUCAGUCUCCGACGGCUUCUCCAAUGCCAGCACAGGCGAGUCCCUCGACCAGGUAUUUGGCCUCGCCCUCUGCCGCGGCGACGUCAACGCCACCGACUGCCGCACCUGCCUCGACAGAGCUUCCAGUGGCAUCCUGCAGCUCUGCCCGUACAACAAAACGGCCAUCAUCUGGCACGACUUCUGCCUCCUCAGGUAUUCAAACCAAAACUUUACUUUCGCCUUCGACAACUCCGAGCAGGCCAUCAUGUUGAAUAUCCAAAACAUCACGGGCGAGAGGUUUCCCGGGUACACCCAGAACACCACCAUUAAGAAUUUCUUCAACCAAGUGGUGAACACUCUACUGAGUGACGUAGCCGAUUCGGCUGCGUCGAAUUCCAACUCCGGAAAGCUGUUCGCCACCCGUGAAUUGACCAUCACGAACGGCUUUCCGACAAUAUACGGGUUAGCUCAGUGCGCUCCGGACAUGCCGGGCCCCGAGUGUCGCCGGUGCCUUCAGGCCCAAAUCAACGAGACACUGAGCUACUUCGACGGGCGGCAAGGAGGACGAAUUCUCGGCGUCUGGUGCAAUUUGAGAUAUGAAGUGUAUUCGUUCUACUACGGGAGGUCGAUGGGAAGCGCUUCUUCUGUCGCACCAGGGGACCUGCCCGGGACUCCGCAACCCCCCGGCACUCGGCCAGGCAGUUCGCCGCCGCUCACGGUGUCGCUCCCUCCGCAAAUUCCAAUAGAAAGCACAGGACGGAGAAAAAGUAAGCUUCGCAUUAUUAUUAUAACUAUAUGCCUCACCGUACUCCUUAUUUCUUGCUCCCUCCUGUGUCUCCUGUGUAUAAAAAGGCGAAGACGUGCAGAAAGGGCAAAGUUGUAUCAUCCUCGACCAAUUUUCAAUUUUGAUACUGAUGAAGUAAUUAGGCUUUGGAAGAGUGAAGAAAGUAGUUCCGAAUUCUCAUUGUUUGACUUUCCAACCGUAGCGAACUCCACAAACAAUUUCUCCAUCGAAAGUAAACUUGGUGAGGGCGGUUUUGGGCCUGUUUACAAGGUAAUUAAAGUAUAAUCAAUUUAGGGCAUGUUUAGUUUCAUCUAUUUUAGUCAAUGGAAUCAGAAUGAAAUUUUUUAAUUCUGAUAGUUGUCAUUUAUUUAUAGGAAUCGAAUUUCGGUUCUCAUUCCUGUGGCCAAAUUCAUAUAUGGUUCAAUCCAGUUUUGAAUUUCGGGUUGGCUCAUUCCAAAAUAAACUAUUCAAAAAUUCUAUUUCAACAACACCUAUCCCCUUCAUCACUUUUUUCUCCCUUAAUCAAAAUCUCAUUUCAAAAAUUUUAAAUUUUCAUUCCGAUUUUCAUUCUGAUAAUGAACCAAAUAUUUUUGGAGGAUUCAUCAUUAUAUUUUUCAGUCCAAAACAAUCCAAUUCUAUUUUUCAUUUCUAUUUCAAUUAUAAACCAAACGCGACCUUAAAGUGUAAUCAAUAUUAUCUCCGGAAAGGAAUGGGAAUGGUAUUUGUCAAAAUCAAUUUCUUGACAUUUCACUCGGACAAACACUUGCUAUGAUAUUGUAUAUUUCAGCAAA